UGAGGACGGCCGUUCCGACUUGCCCGCCGCGGCGAUGACCUCAUGACGCUCCCCCCGCUGCGUGAGGCGAUGAGCUCACCGGCCGGCCUCCGGAGGCGUCGCGCGACCGCGGCCGGGCGGAAGUGACGCGUGCGGCGGCCGGGCGACUGGAGCGUUGUUGUCGGGCUUUCGCGGCGCCUCCGCUCCCGUCAAGUCGGCCCGGCGGCUGCUCGCCCUCCCGCCCCCUUCCUCCUCCUCCUCCUCCUCCUCCCCUCGGCCGCCCCUUCCGUCCUUCCUGCUCUCCUUCCCCCGCUUCCAGCCCUGCCAUGUCGGUGCCGGGAGGAGCCGGCGGCGAGUUCGGCAACCCGCUGCGCAAGUUCAAGUUGGUUUUCCUCGGGGAGCAAAGCGUUGGAAAGACCUCCCUGAUCACCAGGUUUAUGUACGACAGUUUUGACAAUACUUACCAGGCCACUAUUGGAAUUGAUUUUCUCUCAAAGACAAUGUAUCUAGAAGAUCGCACGCAGGUCCGACUUCAGCUUUGGGACACAGCGGGCCAGGAGCGGUUCCGUAGCCUCAUUCCCAGCUACAUCCGUGACUCAACUAUUGCGGUGGUAGUCUAUGACAUUACAAAUCUGAAUUCCUUCCAACAAACUUCCAAAUGGAUUGAUGAUGUGCGAACAGAGAGAGGAAGUGAUGUUAUAAUCAUGCUGGUGGGGAAUAAAACUGACCUUGCGGACAAAAGGCAAAUUACUACAGAAGAAGGUGAACAAAGAGCCAAAGAACUGAGUGUGAUGUUUAUUGAAACUAGUGCAAAGACUGGAUACAAUGUGAAACAGCUUUUCCGCCGCGUGGCAGCUGCAUUACCAGGAAUGGACAGCACUCCCGAGAAGAGCAAAGAUGACAUGAUCGACAUCAAGCUAGAGAAGCCUCCUGAGCAGCCAGUAACGGAGAGCGGAUGCUCCUGCUAAAGGAGCUGCAGUUUGGCAACCCCUUCCCAAUUGGCUACUCCAGUCUCACUGAAGAGCAUCCCUUUUCAUUGACUAGAGAAACCACUUUCUGAGGGCUGCGAACCCAGCCUCGUGUGCGAUUGAGCCCCUUGUUCUGUGGACAGCUCCAGCUGCCCCCUCCUACUGCAUGGUGUGAACCUCAAAUGUGUCCUGUCCCUUGUUGGUUGUUGCACUUUGGUGCUGUGGCACCCUUUUCUCGGUUUCCUACCUUGGGCGUGCACGCCUAAAUGUGUUGUCCUAUGAAUGCAAGAGGAGGAGCUUUUCCCAGGUUAGGAAAAUACUGAUAAACCUACAGCAAAGGGGGGUAGCAGGGUAGGGAGGGGUCCUUAUUCUUUCCUGCUUUUUCUUCAUCCCCCCCCCCCCUUCCAGAACCUGCUCCUUUGGUUUGGUGCUGCCCAGCCCGUCUUUAUGGUGCAGACAUACUCCAGGGCUUGCUUUCUGCCGAGUGUCCUUACCGCUUACUUUUCCUCUUGGGGGUUCUGUUCUAUCUUCCUGGAGGAGGGGAAAGAGGUUCCGAUUAUCUUAUCCUGGCAUUAGAUAUUUCAAUUUCCAAGUCACCCUAGACCUUUACAGAGGAGCUGGCUGUCUUUAACUAAAGGUGGUCAGCUCUUUUCCUGAAAGAUGGUGCUCAGUUAACUGUUAAAUGUGAAUAUGGAAGAUAGCCAAAGCUGGGCUGGCUGUAGUGGGAAACCUUGUUCUGGGAUGGGAGGUGUCUCCACACUGGGAGGGAAUUCUCAAGCAUCUUUUUGCGCCUCCCAUCCUUCCCUUUGAUUUCCUCCUUACCUUCCAUCCCCACGCACACACUCGCAAGAUCUUUUUCUAAGCAAAUCUAAGAGCUGCAGUUGCUAUCUGGAUUAACAGAAACCCGUAAAGUGGACUUGUUCCAAUGCCAGGCGCUGUUAUUUUUGUAUGGUUUAUCAUUUAUACAGCAAUUUUAAUAUGCAAAGCGCUUCACAGUUACCUUCAUGCUUGCUACGACUCUGGAUAAAUCUGGGAAGACAGAACUCCCUGUUACGCUUUUAUCACUUGAGGGAUUGGAAGUGCUAACAGCAGCCAUCCAGGAGGAAAACCACGUUGGGCCCUGAUUGGAGCUUGAGUUGUGCUCUGUUGGGUUGAGCCUGGCCUUGGUUCAGCCACUAGGUCUGAAGAUCUUUUCUGCUGUUGUUUUCCCCAUACCUGACUAGUUCCCAAAAUCUCGGCAGACAAAAUCAGGAUAGCUCAAUUUUUGCUUAAUACACCAGGGAAGGUAACUUUUCAUUAUUGUCUGUCUAGUGGAUCUGAGUAAGAAUAACUUGUGUCUCUAAGUUGUUAGAGGAGGAGGAACCUAUUUAGUAGAUUUAUGGUUUAGCACAUAAUGCUUUUUCAAAUACCUCUUUUUGCAUCUGGUGCAAGUUUUGCUAAUGUGCACACCGGUCUUGGGAGAUGGGUGAUGUUGGAUUACUGUUUUUGGUCCUUCUAGGAUAAUAAUACCCUAUUUUGAUUGGGUUGAGGUAAUUUUGUGUAUGAUGAAAGCCAAAAAUUUGAAGCCUCGGGUGCGUGCUUGCUCCUGUAGUUCUGAAAUUGCCUUUGAAAAACGUGCAUUCUUGUCUAUAUGCAUGGGACCACGCUCCUCUUAGCUGGAAGGCACGUGGUGCGUAGUCUAUAGACACAACUAUAAGGCAUAGCUUAAAUCUGGCAGGGAAGUGAGGGCUGUGUAGGGUGUCAAGAACAUAGUGCUUCCCUUCUCUCUAGUGGUGUUUGGGGAGGUCUUAUUCACGAUAGAAUUAAAGGGAAGAACUGUCUUGUUCCUUAUUUGGUUCUGCUGAGACCUGGAUUUGGAACAAGAAAGGCUUUGUGCCAGAGGAGUCUUUGAGAAGGAGUGGCUGAAAGGAGAUCAGUCUCUUUGUCUUGCCUUUGCACAUUCUAAACUGCUUCCCUUGAACUCUCAUGCCUAAGAGACAGGAGAGGUGUCUCUUUGCAAGAGAGGGAAGCCUCCCCUUAAGGAUGUUAGUUGGAUUCCACCAACUCCCCCCUGCCUCCCCCCGUUUGUUCUCCUUUCUCAGCUCUUGGCUGUUCACAUGCAUGAGUGGUUCAUUCCUCCAUUUCCCAAGGGUUGGCCUGGAGAGGAGUGCUUCCUUUCGUUUUCCUUGUGAAUUUCCCCUUCCUUCCUUGUUUCCAGCUCAAUUUAUAGGCUGUCCCUGUAACAGCCCCACAUCAGGGAGAAUCUCAACGGGGCGCGGGUCAUCCCCACCCCAAACCUGGGGGGUGGGAAACUCUGCUUGUUGGGUUUUUUAUUGUUAAAGCACAGCUGCAAAAAUUGGCCAGAUGCAAGAUAAUUAUUCAGAAUGAAGAGAAAGAUCCUUCAUGAAUCCCAUGGCUGCAUUUUGGACGUGUUAACAUUUCCCCCACCCCCAGAAGUCUCUAGUGCUCUUAGCUGGAGAGAAAAAGAAGCCACUAUUUCCAGGGAUACAGAAGUUUUAUUGGUUUCUCCGUUGUUAGGUGAUACCAGUUUUUUCCUGCUGGCCUGCCAGGUUGGGCACUGCUUCCCUUUUUUGGAGUAGUUGCAAGUAUUUAGAUUCAGUUAUUAUAGUCACCAAUCUGGGACUCUCGUGCAUCUGACUCUCACACGUACACUUAUUAACACCUGCACUGAGCUUCUUCAAGUACCAGCCAGUUCCUGGAGUCCAUCCUCUUGGUUUUAAGAUGAAAGAAUCAUGGUAACACGAACCAUGCCUGCAUGACAUGCAUUUGCACCCCCCCCCCCUCCACCUUGAUUUGGUAAUCGGCGAGCAUUAGUGAGCCCCAGCAGCAGGAAAUAAAUGAGUCUUCAUGUUUAAAAUUCUGCUUCAUGGAUUGGAACAUUAAGAUCAACUCUGGCUCGCUUGUUUGUUGCGUCUUGAAUGCUUGGGAUAGAGCAGAUGUUUUUAAACUAGAAAAACCUCUUAGAGAACAGCCUCCAUCCCAC